AUUUUGUCACUGCAGAGUUUGGGUGUAUUUUAUGGGACAAACUGCGGUCACACUUGAUCUCUUCGGGAAAACCAGCCACUAUCCUUCAACGCUAGCUUAAUCGUGUAGACGGCCCAGAGUCCGCGAUUAAAACUAGAGCGAAGCGAAGCGCGCAGCCAGCGGAAACAACGCCCACUCGAACGCCAAACUCCGAACUCCCGGUGAGCCGCUAACUGAGGAAUAAUCUACGUGUGUGGUUGGAGUUGGAUCAAGACUGCAUUCCGAGUGCAUUUAGACCCCCCAACAUGGCCGAGACAUUCACUUUUGGCACCUCGCUGGCCUCAAUCACCUGCCAUGCGUGGAACAAGGACCGGACGCAGAUCGCCUUAUCGCCCAACAACCACGAAAUCCACAUCUACAAGCGGGAGGGCAGCGACUGGAAGCUAGCGGACGUGCUCAACCAGCACGAUCUCCGAGUGAUGGGCAUCGACUGGGCCAAGAACACCAACCGCAUCGUGAGCUGCGCCGCUGACCGAAACGCGUACGUGUGGACGCAGGGCGAGGACGGCAAGUGGAAGCCGACGCUGGUGCUGCUACGUAUUAACCGGGCAGCCACAUGCGUCAAGUGGUCGCCGGCGGAGAACAAGUUUGCUGUGGGUUCUGGAGCUCGCCUUAUCUCGGUGUGCUACUUCGAGUCGGAGAACGACUGGUGGGUGUCGAAGCACAUUAAGAAGCCCAUCCGCUCGACGGUCACCUCGCUGGACUGGCACCCGAACAACGUUCUCCUGCUGGCCGGCUCUACGGACUACAAGGUUCGCGUCUUCUCGGCGUUCAUUAAGGACAUUGAAGAGCCGCCGUCGCCGACCCCUUGGGGUAACCGCAAGCCUCUUGGCCAGCUGAUGGCAGAGUUCCGAAACUCGCUGACUUCAGGCGGCGGCUGGAUCAAUAGCGUGAGCUUCUCCAGCGACGGCAACAAGGUUUGUUGGGUGGGGCACGACAGUUGCGUCAGCAUUGCGGAUGCUACCAAUGGGAACACGGUGAUCCGCUGCCGCACGGGCUACCUGCCAUUCCUUUCCUGCGAGUGGGUCUCACCCACCUCCGUCGUGGUGGCCGGCUACAGUUGUGUACCUCUGCUAUACAGCUUGACCGCGGAUGGGAAGCUGGUGCUCAGCGGCAAGCUGGACAAGUCGCAGAAGCGUGAGUCCAGCGGCAUCACUGCCAUGCGCAUCUUCCAGUCGAUGGACCGCAACAUGCGUACGGAGAACACGGACACGGUGGUGGAUUCAAUCCACCAGAACGCCAUUACCAGCGUCCGCCUGUACGCCGGCGACAAGGACUGUGCCAGCAAGGUGUCCACCUCUGGCGUCGACGGCCAGCUGGUCAUCUGGAACGUCGAGCAGGGCGGCAUAAACGGCGGCAUGCGCAACCUACAGAUCUAGUUCAGAUCAAGACGGUCCAAAUUUACAUGUUAUUGUCGUCUGUUAGCGAGUAUGUUGGCGUUGGCCUGGCCAGGUGCGCAGUAUUUUGCCAAAAUGUUUUCCAAAAGCGCUUCUCCCAUUGUUUUGUACC